CAAGAACGUAGGGUUCUGAUCACAAAUAUAUUCUAAUUUUGCCCUUGUUAAAACGCUAUAAUGGCAAUGAAAUUGCUAAGCCAAGUGUUUUUAAUAACUGCGUUAAUUGCUUUGGUUUCAUCGGCUUCCUUGGAGAAAGGUGAGCGAGAGGAGAAGCUUCAUUUCGGAUUUCACACCGAAAAUGGUCACCAGAGAAAUGAGGCCAUAACGUACACAGUAAAGCCGGAAACAGUUCAGGAUCCCAAGGAGGUGACAACCCAAAAACCUGUAGAAUAUAAAGGUGGAUACAGCUUCAUCUCAGCCGAUGGUUACGAGUACCAGGUCCUCUAUAAAGCCAACAAAAACGGUUUUCAGCCCUAUGUGACAGCCCACAAAAUUAAACCGGAUAAGAGUUAAGCCAUUUUAUUGUAUUGUGAUAGAAAAAUAAAAUUCCGCAAAGUU